AGAGACUUGCUAUAAGUUACAAGAUAAUGAAAGUUUGGUCUAAGUCUUUAUCUGCAACCGUUAUCGUAAUCAGUUACACGAGAACACAAAGGUUUUCAUUUUUUAUCGUAACAGAGUAAUUCCCCUAAAAUACGUUGUGUGGCUGUGAAAAAAUGGAAUCAAAAAUAGUAAAUAUACUUGAGACGGUUUUGAGAGAAAUUGACGAGAUUAAGCAAAAACUGAAUCAAGUGCAAAAUCAAUUGGAAGACCAACAAUCUGUUGAGAAAGCUUUCGGAGCCCUUCAUCGACACUUUGCAAAAAAAUCCAAAUCACAGAACGGAAUCCCCGAAAAUAAUGAAAAAACAGAGACGCAAAAUGGCAUUUUACACGAAGAGAUUGAAAAUGAACAGAAAACAGUUUUAGAAACUCCACAACAAAAAGAAGAAAUUGAAAAUAUAAUAGACUUGGCUUUAAUCGAAAGUCGAAAAAUUACGUUCGAUGAUUUGAAAUCUUCAUUAAAACACGAAUUGGUCCAUGAAACGCACUUUCCCUCAACUAGAUUCAAAGUUUUGGUAAAAAUAAAUGGCAGAGUCUAUUUCGGAGAAGGUGGCACUCUAGAGAAAGCCAAGGAUAGUGCAACUAGAUUAUUUUUACAAACAUUAGAUUACAAUUACUUCAAACACACAGUUAAGGUGUCUUCAACUGUGUUAAUGAAUGAGGAGUUUGCUAAUGUUAAUAUAGACGCACAGUUAAUCGAAAACUACCAAAAUUGUUUGGAAUAUGUGGACUCAAUGCUUAAAUACACCCUUGUGGAAAAAACAGGACCUGACCACAAACCUACAUUCAAAAUGGCGGCGAAAGUGAAUGAAAAAACUUAUUUCGGUUUGGGUGGUUCCAAGGCAAAAGCCAGAAUGAAUGUUGUUGAGCAGGUUUUAGAAAAUUUGAAAAAUCAGUUAAAUGAACACAAAUCUAAAUUGGAGGAUGAACCUGAAAAUAUCUGGAUUGAUGUAAUUUCAUUAAAAAAUAAACAAAUUGUUCCAAACUAUUUAAAACCACUUCUUAAAUACAAACUGGUCCAAGAUGCACCUAACAAUUACCAAAUGGCGGUCAAAGUGAAUGAAAAAAUCUACUACGGCCAAGGUGAAUCAAAGACAAAAGCUCGGCAUAAUGUCACCGAGAAGGUUUUACGAUUUUUAUUGGACCAAUCACAUUGUCCCAAACCUUCGUUUUUACUUAACAAAUUGCACCCCAACGCAACGUAUCGAUGCACACAACUCAAAAAUGGCUCUCAGCUUGAAUUUAAAGUCACUAUCACAAUUGGAAAGUCACUUUUUGUGGGAAUUGGUCCGAGCAAGAAAUCCGCUAAGAAGGUGGCAGCGCUUUCGGCAUUAAGUGGGAUUCAGAACUGUUCAAAAUCGCUCGGAAACGUGUCAAAACCCGACAUUUUCCGAAAAUUAAUCGAGGACAAAAUUUGCUCAUUGUUGGAUGACAAACCCGAAAAUUCCAAUUACAAAGUCAUCGCUGGGAUUGUGAUGACUCGAAACGAGACAUUUUUAGAUGUCGUCGCAGUUUCGGCAGGCACUAAAUGCAUCUCGCGGGCAAAAAUCACCAAAAAUGGUGUCAACCUGAACGAUAUGCAUGCCGAGAUUUUAUCACGUCGGUGUUUGAUUGGCUACUUUUAUAACCAAUUGGAAUUAAGUGUUGCCAGCAAAGAUUCAAUUUUUGUUCCAAGUGGACAGAAAUUCAAACUUAAGGAUGGAAUCGAAUUCCACCUUUACAUAAAUAUCGCACCGUGUGGUGACGCUCGAAUUUUUUGUCCUCAAACAACCUCCAAACGAGUUUUGAGGCUCAAAGUGGAAGCGCGUGGAGGAACAUAUUCUAUUAAAAACGAGUUUCUCCGAAAUAAUUUCAUAUUAAUGUCUUGUUCGGAUAAAAUUUGCCGAUGGAACGUUGUAGGGCUCCAGGGGGCGCUUUUGUCACAAUUUUUGGACCCGGUUUACCUCAAGUCCAUUGUUUUAGGAAAUGUGAUUCACGAAUCGCAUUUACAGAGAGCGGUUUAUGGACGUGUCAAAGACACUCUUCCCAAACUCCCUUCUUCUUUUCGUCUAAAUCUCCCUUCAUUAUUUUUCCUCCCUUCGACCGAUCCUAGAUUUACUUCCGGUCCAAGUUUUGCAAUCACGUGGUCGAAAGAUGAGCAAAAUUGUGAAAUAAUUAAUGCCAGGACAGGACAAACCGAUUUUGGGCCCUCGAAAUACUCAAAACGGGAGUUUUUUAAACGGUACGUUCAUCUGUGUCGGAAAAUUCCAGGACAAAGGAAAGGAAAUGUAUACAAGGAGGCGAAAUCUGCAUCGUUGGACUAUAAUGUGGCCAAAAACUGUCUUAACACAGCGUUUGAGAAGGCGGGGCUGGGAAAUUGGAUUACGCAUUCAAUGGAACAUGACAUGUUUGCACUAAAUUAAUUUUAUAUAUUUUUUAUGCCAGUCGGUUUUUUUUCGAGCAAUUCUUUUUAUCUGUAAUUUCAUCUAUUAUCUAUUAUGUAAUUAAUUAAUUAUACCUCAAAAACUAGAGCUCUAAAAUUAUAUUCUUUAUUUAAAGAAACGCUAACUUGAGUUACCUAUAUCUCAAAAACUAAAGUUAAUAUAAGAAAUCUGUUUGCAGUUUUGAAAACAGCGUCCAACAACAGCAAAAAAAAUUGAAGCAACAGAUAUACUGUAAACUACAAUAGUGUAAUUUAACUCAGACAUGUUCAAAGAGUUUCAAAGAUUUUAUUCAAUUCAUAUUGUAAAUUUUGUUCCAAUUGCGACUCUUUUUGAAUACAUUUUUUUUAAACUGGA